GGUUAUCUUCUCCACCUCGGCUCAACAUAGUCUGCCGUGUUGUAAUGUAGUAACACUUGCUCAUUGCACUUGCCGAUUAUGGCGAAUUGAUCGCCAUUUGUUUUGUCGUAUCAUCCGAUAUCGAUUACUAUGCCUUUGAUACAAUCAACCAUGACAUCCUAAUAACUAUAUUAGAAAGGUACGGAAUAAGAGGAUUAGUUCUGAACUGGGUUGGAAGCUACUUAGCUGACAGGAAGGAGGACACACAUCUGUAAGUUGAAAUAUUACGUGUGGAGUACCCCAGGGGUCAAUACUGGGCCCAAAACUGUUCAACUUGUACAUCAAUGACAUUACCAAAGUCACGGAAGGAGUUCUAAGACAGUAAGACAGCGUCGUAGUUUAUAGCCCUGAGUGCUGGUGCAGAGAUGCACCAGAAAUCAAAUGUAAACUUUAGCAUUUAUCAUGGUAGAAUCACGGUUAGCAUCAUUUUUAAUAGCAAUACACACGAUGAGCUACUCUGGCCUGGGACACUCCGGCACUCGGCACUUGCUCCAGCUGGCCGUGUUUCAGGACGCCCACGGCCGCCAUUCCUUCCUCUUGGCCUCACGUUGGAGAAACAAGCCUUCAGGAUCAUUCCAACUUCCCAGACCCCUCCCCACCAUGAGCCUUCACGCCCACUCAUCCUCCCACAGCAAGAGGCUGUGGUCUGAAGUUCCCACCCUUGUUGAUAUUGACACACCUCCAAUGAAGAAGAGGAAGAAGAAGAAGAGAGCAAAAGAGGAUGAAGAAGAAGUUCUUGCAGACGUCUUCACCAACCAGCUGAAGAAAAAGAAGAAGAAGAAGAAGGAGGAGGAGACCCUGGUUCCUGUGACAACCACGGAGAUAGAAACAAGGGAGCAGAAGAAGAGGAAGAGUACGGUUGACCAGACUGUUGCCAUGGAGAUGAGUCAUCCACGAGAGGAGAGCGUUGCCAUGGCAGAGAGCAACCACAUCCCCGUCUCCAUGGAAACACAGCGUAAGAACAACACAAUGACAACAGAAGAAGAAGAAGAAGAAGAAGAAGGAGAAGAAGAAGGCAGCAAUGGCCAGGAGCGUUCUGCUUUGUUAAAGGAAUUAGAAGAGUUUGUUCCAGAUGUUUGGAAAAAAUCACCUCAACAGAUCCACAAACUACUGCGAUAUGACCUUCACAGGUUCAGACUCUUCAAACAACAAGGUAUCGCCAUCCGUCACGGCCGCUUCACACAGAAAGAGAAUCAGAAAGUCCAAGACAACAUGGACAACUUCCUGGCUUUGACGGGCAUCGGCUCAGCCAAUCAGCUUCUUCACCCUCAACUCUACCCUGAACACCAAGCUGACAUCAGGAAACUACGAGCGCAACAUGGCUUCCUGGCCGCCCUUGCGGAGGGGAUCCCCAGGGUGUCAUGGCAGGUCUACAUCAGGGCUAAAAAGCUGGACAGGAUGAACCACAUGGGAAGGUUCUCUGAGGAGGAGGUUGAGCAGCUGGUGGCGUUGCAUUCACUGCACGGGAACAGCUGGAGGCAGAUCUCCAAGGUGAUGGGUCGCAGCGUUUACUCCUUGCAGAAACGCUUCCAGUGCAUCUCCGCCUGUCAAGGAUCCUGGACCUCGGACGAGGAGUCCAGACUGAAGAAGGCAGUCCUGGAUCACCUGGCGGUUGUGGUCCAGCAGAGUCCAAGUCCUGGUGUGACGAGGGAAGAUCUGUGUAAUAAUUUGCCGUGGAAGAAGAUCAGCCAGCAGGUCCAGACCAGAUACUGGAACCAGUGCCGCAUCAAGUGGUUCAGCAUCCUGAGGACCAAACUGUCAAAAGGUGGCAACAAAAGACUGGAAGGAAUGAAGGCCAGAAUCCAGCUGAUUGACAUGUUGUACAACAUGAACAUUGACGAUAUGGCCGAUGUGGACUGGGACCAGGUGGCCGCGGGUCUCAGCACCACUCCAGUCCAUGCCCAGAGUUUAUUCCAAAGCCUGAAAGCGUCCCGAGUUCCCAACUGGUCCCGCUUGUCCUAUGGAGAGAUCAUCGACUUCCUGCACCGCCACGAGACGCCGCGCCUCAAGGAGAAGCUGCAGAAGUGCGGCGUCUUGGAGGCGGAGCUGAAAGUGGACGGGACGGACGCGGCGCCGCUGCUGGACAUCUUUGCGCUCCAAGAUGAAGACUUUGCCGAGGUGGACAACACUCGUCCACAACGCGGCCAAUCACGACCACUACUUCAAGACUGAACGCUGGAGCUCCGCCCCACCGCUGCCAACAGGAAGUGGUGUCAUACUGAGGCUUUUAUUGUGAAGGCGGAUGGAUACAGGAAGUCUUUACAAGCCAAGACAUCGAUGCUUUUCAAACAGAACUUUAUUCAAACGCAUACGUGCUGCUUUGCUAAAGGACACUACAGCAGAAGCAAGAUGGGAAGGAUGCUCCACUUCCUGUUGACACGUCUACCUGUACAAUAUAACUUCUACCAUGGUGGUCUCUCACUGUGGUUGGCUAGAGUCCCACAGCUUUUCCACACUGAUGGAUCCCGUGUGUUGUUUUAACCGGGGGG